UAUCUUUUGAGAGGCUUUUAAAGGUACAUUUGAUUAGUGUGACCUUUAAUUCUGGCCUAGUCCAUGUGGGCAACCCAUUUGGAGAUUAUGCCUCAAGCAGUCAGCCUAGGUUCACCUCCAUCCUGUGGCUUCCUUUCCGCAUAUUACUCCCUUACUCCCACUCCCUGUUUCCUAUUCUGUCCCCGUCAUGUCCUCUGUCCUGCUGUCCUCUCCAUAUAAAGGCAAUAAACCCUGAAAAUAUUUCUUUAUUGAAAAACUUUCCAGUGCUGCCACCUUAAAACAAAUGAUUGCACUUAAGAUACAGCUCUCACAGGUUAACAGCAUCCUGCUGAACAAACACAGACCACUGCUCAUCUCAUUGUGACUUUCAGCCAUCGUUGACACAACUCAUUGAUGACUCCUCAAAAACACUGAAAGCAGCUCCUGGCUUCUCUAUUUGUUCUAAACAUCCCCAAUCAACUCAUUUAACAGCCGCUCCAAGAGCCCCACAAGCCGCCGUGCAGUGCUGCGGGAACAGAUGGUUAGCGCGUGUUUGUGUACAUACAGCACAUAUGUAGGUCAGGUACACCACAGUUGCUGGUUGCCAUGGGAACUGGAUAUCAAACAUGACUGCAAUCUCUUGGAGGGAAAAAUCGACUCGUGGCCAAGCUGUGGCUCUCGCACCUCUCAUCCCCUGACAGCGGUUAACCCUUUCGGAUUAUAUCUCAGAUUAUGUGGGGAGAAAGUUCUCAUCAUGGAAACAAGCUCAGACCGGUUUUCUGCAACGCUCUGGAUCAAUAAUCCGUCACACAUCUGGUCAGCCCAGAAGGUGAUGCCUGCGCUCCCAUUAACCUAAAUUUACUGUAAAAAUAAACAAAUAAAUAAAUAAAAACCUAAUCCCACUCUUUGACCUGGAAUAUCAUGUCAAAAUCAGGCUGGGUGUCUGUCUCAGAUUUAUUGGUGAGUGUCUCUACACGACCUUGGGGAUUCACAAGCAACACAAAGGGAUUUUCCCUGCCUGUCUCUGCCUGAGACAUGCACACAUUGUCUACACACACACACAUUUAUGCUCUCUGUAUGGUAAGAAGUGCACGUGAUUGGAUGCAGCGAGCUGUUGAUGCAUGUUGAAUGCUGAUGAGGUUCUUUGGGUGCUUUCCUGGAGGAUGAAAAAAAAGAAAAAGAGAAGUGGUAGAAAGCUUCCUCUGUGCCUGCAAGACAGAGAGGAAGGAAGAGGAGAGAGGAGGGAGAAGGAGAAAGAGAAGGGGGGUUGUUGUUCCCACAUUAUUCAUCAAAGUCAUACCCUGUCUUCACCUCCUGGUUGGACCACGCACGUGCAUCCAAUAACGUAUAGGUGGCACUACUUGUACACAGUCACGUGGGACUCUCUCUUUCUCAUCCCAUAAUUCACUGUCAUCGUGCCUUUAAGAGCUUUGCUGUGCAAACACUCCAGUAAACACGGCGGCCUCCCUUCUCGGCUGUAUUGUCCCAUGUUUUCAUGCCGAGAGGUGGAUAAAUACACAAACCUACCCUGUCCUCACAGUGUCCCUUUUUUUCUUUCAUUCCUUUUUUUAGGUCUGUUCUGGCUAAUGAGGUGAAAAAUUAGCUUGAGGCUCACCAGGGAAGCUUUUAGGGUCAGAGGCAUGCAAAGUAAUUUUUGGUGUGAGAAAGCUGCACAAAGGGCAUUGUGUAUUUAUAUACAGGCUAAACAAAAGAUUAGACAAAAGGCUGCUCAAGGCAUCUGACAUGUCAAAACCAAGUACAUCUGCAGCAGGAAGUUUAACAAUAUUUGGUCUUAUUUACCUGCCUGUCUGAAAGCAAAUUACAUGUAAAGGCCAAAACCAACAAUCAUCUGAGACGACUGUCCUGUGUAGCCGAGCUUGAUCAUGGCUAUUACUCUGUCAACACCAUAAUUUAGCAACAGCGGGGCUCUGGGUGACAACACUUUUCAUAACAACACAACAUGCCUGUGGGUGAAGCAUUUACAGCUUGGUUCACAUGGAAAGCUCCUUGAACCCAGAGUCUUUGCAUUGAGAAACAACAGUCUUUACAAAUACACCACGGGACAACAUCAUCUAGUUUAAACAUAUUUAUUGCAAAUUGAUUCAAAGGCAUGAUCAAGUCUGUGUUUGUUUGUAGUUGGAAAAUUUCAGGACUAUGAAUGAAUGCCCUCUGCUGGGAUUUGAGCCAAAUCAUGCCCACCAUGAGACAUCCAUUUUUACCACCACGCUAAGGUACUGCUUUGGUACAAUUAAUUAUAUAGGUCUCCUCUGUGUUAAUUCAAAAGCAUUGUUCAGACCCGGUGGUAUAAUUGCAAGUUACUAGUUUCGUGUAAAUUGGCCAUUGCGCGGAUUUGAACCGAGAAUCUACAGAUUGUUUGACAUCAGUGCUCCCUGUGACACUAAGGUGCCACUUUGCAAGAUUUACAAGUCCAGGAUUAUCUGCUUUCUGGAAGAGUAUAGUGAUUCAGAUGCUUGGCCUGUACUGUUAUAGUAGGACCUAGGAUUUUUAAACUCUACAUGAGAAGGACCUUAUGAAGAUUAGAGCUCAUAACUCCCUGUCUGUGCCGCCAUACUUACCAUCUUCAGUAAUGAACUACUAUGCAGGACUUAUUUGUUCAUGUCUAUUUCAUUUCCAGUACAUUACAGUAGGUUGCUUACUUAAUUUUCGCUUAUUAUUUUUUCUCAAUUUUCUUUCUUUUAGAAGACACAAUUUAGUUACAUAAAAAUACUCAAACAAACACUAGGUUAUUAUUUAAGGUCUACCAAGGGGCCCCUGCCGCCAUUGGAGCCCUCUGUAGUGUUUGCUCUAGCAUGUGUCCAGACAUGGCAGUCAGCUUGAAAUUUGACAUUUUGGAGCAAUAAACUGACAAGGUUGUAUUUAUCAAGUUGUAUUUGUUGUUUACAGAAGUCCACAAGGUAGGAAUGCAUUUGGCCUUGAAAGUGGUCUUAUUGAACGUAAUCUAUUUUUUAUUGAUAUCAACUUCAAAAAAGAAAAAAAAAUGUUUAGCCAAAAUCUUGACACCAAUUUCAAGAAAAAAAUUCCAUGUGCUAUCAUUCAUCCUCUUGCCAUACCUCCUAUUUUUAGAGGAUUGCUGGGGUAAGUCUUUGGGAGUGGAACUGAUCCAUGUUGGCACUGGGCAGGAUACUUGCCACACCCUGGACUGACUGCCAGUCAAUCUCUAAUGGAGUCAGACAACCAUUUACUGUUGUACUCACUCCAACAGGAAAUAAAGGGUAAAGGAUUGGCCAUAAGUAUGUUUUUUGACUGCAGGAGGAAUUACCAGGAAUAUACAUCCAUUUUUAUUCCAACAGUAUUUAAAUAUGUGACCUUUAGACUCCAGUGAGUGGAGUCUUUAUGUAACAACUGUGAGUUAUUUAAUGUGUUUGUAUUUGAUGCACACAAAAGACUAAGUGCCUCCGAGCAGAAGCUGUUAUUAUGAUACUAGAAUAAAGCAAUGUAAGGGUUUUUUUCUACGCUGGUGGUCUUCAACAUGUGGAGUCUUGGGGUUUUUUGUGGUUUUAUUUGCUGUGUUUGAUCAGUUUCAGAGUUAAUUCCACAAAUUCCCAGUGGGUGAAAAUAUCCUCCUUAAGGCUGUUGCUUCUGAUGCUCUUGAAAUUCAUCUGAUGGUUGAGUCAGGGAUGAUUCUGGCUGUCUGCACUUCCAACAAAAUGACUCAACACUCAUCCAGCCGCUGUCACACUUCACAGAAAAAUCAAACAGGGGACAUGACAGCACAUGUUUGAGAUAAAAACGUGGAGGCUGCUGGAUUCUGCACUGCUGGCAUACAGAGUAGGAAUGUUUUGAGCUGAUUUGCUGAUUUGUUCUUGUCCUUUCUUUACCAGAAAAAAAAUAAACAAGUCAAGGGUCUACAAAGGCAGAUUUAUGACCAGAAAUUCACCUUUUCUGAUGUAUUACACUAAAAAAGAACCCGUGUAAGAGUCGAUUAAUACCAUGUCAUUUGAGGAUAAUUCAGUCCGCCCUGUUCUCAGUUACUUAAAGUAUUAAAUGAAACUCCAACUGACUCUCUGAUGAUUCAGGAGGACAGAUGAGCCAAUUUUAAACCUUCAAAUUAAUUCAGCUGAUCUCCUGUGAUACUCUGAGCAUUUCUUCUUUCCAUAUUAACUCCAGGGAAGGAUAUUUUUCCUGCACAGUAAAUGAAUCAGAUGCAUCCUAGCGGUGAGUCAUCAGAACUAAACCAGCCAAAUUAAUGAGGUAUACCUUGUUGAGGGGGGUUGCUGACUCUUGAAAAGUGAGUGGCGUUUUGACAGAAAUUCUAUUGAAAUUCACAAAUACCUGCUCGCCCUGCAGUGAUACUUCAUGUAUUGGUGCAUCAUUAACAUUUCAACUGACCUUUCUUAUGCAUUAAAAUACACCCCAGCAUGUCAAACAGCAUCACACAAACUCCAGCAAAUGUCAAAAAUUCACCAGAAUUUCAAGUAAAAUCAAGAGAAUCAAGUCAAAACAGAGGUGCUUGUUUAUUGGAGGCUUUUUCUUUUUUGUGAGUUUUUUUUUUCUCCAGUCUGACAGUCUAAUUGUGUCUGCAAGCAUUUAACAAAUCAGAUGAGACAUACACAAAGGCCUAUAAUGCCAUCUUGUGGUGUCAAGAGGUAUUAAAACCAUUCUGGUGAGAUUUUCAAAGGAAUUGGAUUAGAAAGGCAAGAGAGAUCACAUCAGAGUUUGGAGUUUAAGAAUAAAGCUGUAAAAUGACUAAAUAAAAUGUGGUUUCCAAUUGGCUGAGGCUGUUCAAAAAAGAUGACACUUUUUUUUUUUUUCAAACCUACAUAUCUCCCACCAUCUCCCACUUCCUUCUACAAACACAUAUCACCUAUCAUCUUACUAUCUAAAAACUGUGUUUGACAGAGUUUGGUCCCUGUAAAACAAUGGCUGUUGAUGUGACUUUACAUCCAUGUUUCAGAUGGUGUUGAUAAAAUGCUUUCAAAACUGAAAACAUUGAAUACAAAGCCUAAUGCCUAAAAAAAUUCAAUGGUUUGUGUUGUAAUUCAUAAUGAAUAGUAUGGCUGAUGAGAAAGACAACCUUUUAAGAAGGCAACAACAGAUCACUUGCAGGGGUUAAAAGUAUACAAAUAAACCACAAUAAACACAUAGAGAACGUGAUCCUGUCUCUGAAUAGGCCAGCUAUACUAUCAAUGACCUCUGACGCAGACCACAGAGUUAAUACUCUUAAGAGGCCCAUAGUGCGACAAAUUCUGUUCUUUUUUGAAACUUGAUUUUCUUAACAUAGGAACUUUGUCUGAUACUGAUAUUUUAUCCAUCUAUAUCUUACCUGAAACCCUACGAUAUUAUUUUUCUAAACAACAAUAUUCAUAACUUAAUGUCUAUAACAAAAGUCAUAGACAUUAAGAAUAAUGAGAGUUAAAUAUUAAGAAACAAUUGAGAUAAAUGUUACACAAAAUUUGGUCAAAGAAAUAUUUGGUUUGUGUUUCCAUGUGCAGUAUGUCUGUAUGAACUUCCUGAAGAACCGGAUUACGUAGUGAAGAUGCUGACUUAAAAGAAAAAAAGGAAUCUGACGUUGAACUAUUUCAACAUAUUGUGAAGUCCCUGACCACUGAGUGCUCACAGUGAUAUUUCUUGACAACCUUAGACUACAGAAGUGAAACUGCGCCUGUUGCCUGAAGACAAGGUCACCGAACACAGAAUCAUUGUGGUCAUUUUUCCACUCAGUGACUGUAUUUCAGGCUAAAAAGUCAGUCAGUAAAUUUGAUUUGAAAUGUGAAAGAAGAAAAAGACUGCAAACGUUUGACAGCAGCUCUCCCCAGAGAGCAAUCAAACAAGACAAACUCUUAUUAGCUCACGUUAACACUCAAGAAAAGUGACCAUGGUUUUAUGCUAAUGAGUUAAGACAAUUACUCUACUUUAAAAGUUGUAAAUGUAUCAGUGAAAAUUGAUACAGGUGAUCUUUGCAUUGUGAGAUUGAAUUUAAAAUUAAAUCAUUACAUUUAAAGUAGUUGAAUCUUAUAUGAUUUAAUAUUCUUACAAAAUCAUUUUUGGCUAUAUAUAUUAUUUUACCUUUAUUUACAGUUUAAUCAACUUAUUAUAAAUCAUGCCUCUAUUAAAUAAAGUUCUUCUUAUCUUACCUUAUGUUAUCUUGUUUUAUCUUAUAUUAGUUUGCUUUCAAAAUCUUACAAAUACAGGUAUGAUUUUGUACAUCUUGUGUUUUUUUCUCUCACAUAGCUCUUAUCUUUAGUACCAUACAAUUUUUUUGGCAUAUUACAGUAAGUUACUCUUAUUACAUGUAAAUGGUUUAUUAAAAAUGAUGGACAAUGUUUAACUUUCAGAAAGGUAUAAGAACCUCUUACCUCUUUAUAAAUGUGUUUCCAUUCAUAUAUUCCUCUUAUUUUUUUCUACUUCUUUCUUGUCAAGUUUCGGUAUGUUGGUUACUCUAGGAGUUGUAAAAAUCAUUUUCAAUUCCCAUUUUUUAAAAACUUUAAGUUCCCUAUUGUUGUUGUUUCUCCUUUUUUUCAAUGGUCCUCUUUCUUUUACUUCACUUUGAGGCCUUCCAGGGGCUUGUUUUCAGGGAGCCACAUAGUUUACAAUAAUAUGCUGUGGUUUGACUUUUAUUAUACAAAUUAGCAUUAGCAUUAAUAAACCAACAUACUGAAACAUACUGCAAGCUAAAUCAUAACCGCAAAUAAAAUGUAUGAAAUAAUAAAAGUAUGAUAAGGUUUCCAUAACAAGUUUACAUGCAAUCAACCAAGUGAUGAACAUUUCGCAUAGUCUACAUUUACUUCUGGUGGGUGUCCUGAAGUAUAUCUGACUCUAAACUUUUGUCUUUCUCAUUUUUACUUUGAAUCGUGUGCAUUUUACUUGUCUCUGGCAACAUAAUCCUGCAUUUAGUUGCUUAUAAUUGUACCACUGAAUACAAAGGUGAGGAUAGAGGAAAACCUCUCAAAAGCCAAACUAACUACUAUCACUGAAGCGAUGCGACUGACCCCAGUCUCCCCUACUUUUACAACGUGGUGUCACGUUGUCCCCCUUAAGAUCCAAGAUUUCUUAACUUUGAGUUAAUUUGCGUUAAAAUCACACUUCACCACGGGUUUUCGUGGCGAAUACAUUCUGGAUAGUGUUAAUACAGUUCUGUAACACGGGUUUAAUUCUGAAAACACUCAGUUUCGCUGGGUUUACUGGUGUUUUAUCUUCAGCUGGGGAUGUCUGAAUGGUGAACUGAUCUAGGGAAAAAAAAAAAAAGAAAGAAAAGAGAGCUUCCCUGGCAGGCAUCACCCCCUCAGUCAGUCUGACCGCCCACAGUCCGGGGGGAGAAAGUGCUGCUUUGUGAAUGAAGGGAGCGGCGGAGGACAGAAAACAAACUUUGACAAAAAUUAUCUCCGGCGCGUAACCAUUUUAUUUCCAACUGCGUAGUUUGGACGGAGAGACGAGCGACACCUUCACGACAAGCACCGAGAAACCGCAGUAAGUUACGACGUCUUUAAGGAGCCUGUGUAGCGCUGAUAGAAAGCAGAUUGACAGGGUUUUUUUCGACGGAAAGAUGCAUGCAUGGCAGCCUAACCGUGACUUGAAUAACUGUCGUGAGAUGGGAGAUGAUUUCAGGACAGAAUUUAACUGUUUCCCCCUCGGGAGUACGCCGGUUUUUAUCCUAACCGGGGUUUUUGAUGGAGGAACGCUCGUGCGAACUAAUGUUGCUGUAUAGGAUUAUUUCUCUUAUGUUGAAGAUUUGAAGAGCCUUUAGGUUGAAUUGGGAUUGUUUGUUGCGUCGUGUCUCCAGUCUGAUUCCAAAACCCUAAACAAAAUCCAAAUUUUUGAACUUUAAUAUGCCAUAUUAUUCACCCGUCUCGUGCUUUUAUUUACUUUAGCAUCUCCACGUUUCAUGCAAACUUUCCAUCUGUUUGUCGGUGUGUUUCGCAACAUUUCAUGACUCAUGCAGUAGACGUGCAUUCCCAAUGUCACCAUGAACAAUAAAUAGACUCACAGAAGACUCAUUCAUGAUAUUAUGAGUCCUCACAACAGUCUCGUGUGAACGUAAAUAUGACCAUAGCACUGUGAGCCUCUGAUACCUUGGUAUGAUCUUUGAUGUAGCUGUGAAAGAUCGUCACUUUAAAUGAAAUGAGCUUGUAAGCCACUUAUUCAGUUACUUUACCUUCUGAAGACACUCUCUCAUCUUUAAUCUUCUGCAGAAUCUGCUCAGUCCAGGUGUUUUGGAGACUAACCAUGGUGGUUGGUUUGGCCUGCGUUACUUGUCUCUGCCUGGCAGUGGUCGUCAGAGCUGACCCCUGUCUCAUCAUCAGUGAGAUCAACGCAGACAACCCAAGACUUGACACCACAGAGUUUGUGGAGUUGUAUCACACGAGUGGACAACGCGCCUCUUUAGAUGGAUACACUCUCGUCUUCUAUAAUGGGAAUGGAAAUGUAGCCUACAAGGUGCUGGACCUCAAAGGUCAGAGCACAGAUGACAGAGGGUUCUUCCUGAUAGGCUCAGUGGACAUGCUGCCCAAACCGGCCAUCCUCCUACCCCCCAACACAGUCCAGAAUGGCCCAGACGCCAUUGUCCUGUACCACACAUCUGCUGCUCGCUAUAGUGAGAAGAUGAAUGUCACCUCUCACGGGUUGGUGGACGCUGUCGUUUACAUGACUCGGCGUACAGGCGGUGCAGAGUUCCUUGCUGAAAUUCUGACCCCAGGAGAACCAGCCUUUGUGGAGGAUGAGACCGCCCUUGAGGGUGACGAGUCAAUUGAGAGGUGUCUGCUAUCAGAAGACCGCUGGGACUUUCAGGUGUCCUCCCCCUCUCCAGGUCAGAGGAAUAACUGCACUGCACCUGCUGCACCAGCAACCAUUCCUGUCAUCAAUGAAAUAAAGCUGGGAGGAGGGCAGGUGGAUGGGUUUGUGGAGCUGACAGAGGCCUCAGCUGCAGGUCUGCUGGUGCUGGUUGUGUUGGACGGGAAGACAGACAGAGUCAGUGUGAGUGCUGAUGUGAAUGUGGAUAAUGCAAGGAAUGGUUUGAUCUCCAUGACCAUAGAGAAGAGCUUCAUGAAAGGUCAGUAUGCUGUGAUUGGUCAAUAGAGUGGUUCUUUAACUGUGAUCUGUAUCCGAAUGUAAAGAAAAGGUUCUUACCACACCAGUUCCAGUACUGAGAUUUAGUGGACCCCCUUGUAUGCCAUUAUGCUAAAAUGGUAUACAUAUUGUUGAGCCUUGUCAGGCUUCUACAAUUUUUUUUCUGUUAACAAUAACAUCUACAUAACUACAUAACAACUGACCUAUAAUCACUUGCAUUCGGGGACUGACUGGUCAUGGUCUGCUUCCAGAAACCCUUUCCCCCAUUUAAGGCUUGAUUGAAGACCUUUAUUGAUUUUGGUAACCGUGUAAAACAGUUCUGUCCUUAAUGCAACCAAGAUUUUGAAACAUUGAGAACUCCAAUGAUGUGAUCAAAGCAAGCAGUGCUGAUGCGAUAACUAAGCCUCGCCAAUAAAAAGGGUAGUUUCCACUAUUGUGGUGCCAACUGAGCGUGGUAACUGUGUUAUUUUAUUGUUAAAGCUGAAGGAGGGUAUGUUACAUUAUGAGAAAAAUAUAAGGGUAGGUAUAAUACCUAUAAUUAUUUUUUCUGACACUCUUGAGGAGACACAGGUCAGGAGCUGGCAGAGGCUGAGGCUGCCAGCUCCUCAUAUUAGCUUAAUUAGGUUUCUGGUGCUCAUCUUCCAUUGGGACUUAGCAACAAUAGCAAUAUGAUGAAAUUUAUCAGGAAACAACAGGGUUAGAAGUAUUCAGCAGAUCAUAAGGUCUUAUUUUAGUCUAGACUGGUAUCAGAGAGUUACUUCAUGAAGGUUUCCAAACAGUAUUAGGAAGAAGAGAAGAUGUUGGAAUAUCCUUAGUUGUUGCAACUUUGAAAUGUUGAAAUUCAGAACAUCAAUCAUUUCUACACAUUCUUACACUUUCAUUUCACCAUAAAUUUGUUGUUCCUGCUUUUCUUUCUUCUUAGGAGAUGAGUCUGGGGCUGUGGCCAUUUACAGUGGCAGAGCAUCAGACUUCCCCGUUGGCAGCUCUCUGAGCCAAAUACAGCCUCUGGAUGCUUUUGUGUUUGCUGGACCUGGGAACAAGCCGAGUGCCAACCUCACAGAGACUCUCAUCCCAGGCAGACAUCCAUAUCAACUUAGCAACAGGCAAGAUACCAUGUCCGACAUGAAGGCUUUUUUUGCCUUUAUUUAAAAAAGACAAACCACUCAAACAUGACUGCAGUACACACAAGAGCUGAGAGAACCAGUGAGCUUGGUGGGGCUUUUAAUGACUUACCGAUGUGAAUACGAGAUGUAUUUAUGGUCUGUGGUUUUUUUUUAGGCUACCCUGAAGUUGUGUGGCUUAUUGAGUUCUGUGAAAAGUGUUUCACUUAGUGGGGGAAAGGGUCGGUCAAUGACGUAUGUUCCUCUUUCUUGAUUCAUUUCUUCUUCUUUGGCAUGUGAAUCACUGCGGAAGAGCAGAAACCACGUGUGUACACUCAAAGUCACACUGACUCAGACAUGUAAAAAAAAAGGUUUGCAGAACAGCUUGCAAAAGUGAGCAUCAAGUUUAACGCCUCUUCAAUAAAACACAGGAAAUCGUAAGACUUAGAUCCUACCUGCAAAGCAGUACUAUAAGCAAAUAACAUCUGAGACUGAUGGGAGUGUCAUUAGAUCUAAAGGUGUUCAGUCAUUAAGAAAUGAGUUCAACUGAGUCAAAUUAGGACCUAAUGAUUAUAUUAUAUUGAGGGAAAAUUUGAAUUUUAUCAGAGCUAUUAUGAUUGAUUAUUCAGGCAAUCUGUACCAAAUUUCAUUACUAUCAACGUAAUUGCUGUAAAGACAGCUACUAUGAGCUCACAGUUUGAACUCCAAGAGUACAGUCAGGAGUUCACCAAAGCCAGUAAGAUUCAUCUUCUCAGUGCUGUGAUCAUCAGUACAGAAUUUCAUUCCAGUCCCCUUGGUACUCCAGUUUUUUUCAGAGUGUCAGCUGUGGAGAUAGUCCUCGAGCGGGACUAAAGAUGAUGGAAACGUGCUUUAGAAAAACAUUGAAAUGAGAGGAUGUGUUCUUGCAAAGUGUUAUGAUGCAAUUUUUUUGCAACUACUGAAAAACACAAAGAUAUACACAAUGUGAUAUUUUAUGCUUUUAGGAUAGUGUGUAAGAUUAAUUCCUUAAAGAUUUCGUCUUUCCUUCAGUUUGAGAGAGGGGGGCUUUUAUCUGAGUCGUUGUGGUGUGGCCACCUGGACAAGAGACCCCGGCGUCUUCUGGGAGGCCCCACAAACUCCUGGACAGCCCAACCAGUGCCCCUGGCCAAAGAUCUGCCCUCACAGUAUUGGUGAGUGUUAACAUAACUCAUGACUUUUGGAUUUUACUAUUAUUAAUACCUUUUAUAUGACUCAAAUAUAAAAGUUAUUAGUCAUUGCAGUGAAUGUUAAGUUAUUGCAAUGUUGCCACUUUGUUGUGCUUCCUGUCUUUGUAUUCUCUUGUGUUCUCUGUUGCCUGUCUGCCUCAGAACAAGAACUAACCCAUAAAACUGCCUUAAUUGGUCCUGCAUUAAGAUUUUACAGUACCACAUUCUGGUUGGGCGAGGGGUUCUUUACUCACACAGAAUUAAUACUUCUAUAACUUGCUGAGAAUAAGUUUUAAAUUUUAAAUAAGUAAAGAAUAAGAUACGGUCUUUUAGAUAUGACAGAAUUCUAAUCUUGAUUUUUAUGGUGGUGUGGGUCACCCUCUGUAGACAUGAAAAAUCUUGGGUCUUAUUAACUAUUUGUUUGAACAGAAUUAAAAUGAAAGUAACCAAAGAGUAUAAUGGUAAGAAAAUGCUUAGAAACAGUCCAAAUUCAGCACAGUUUAUCUGACGUAGCAAUGGACAAGAUCACAAAGUCUGUGGGUAAAAAAUGUCAAAUUGGUUUGCCAAGUGUGGCUAAUGUUAGCAGAGCUAGCUGUGCCAGCCUUUAGUCCUCCAUGCAGGUUAACAUUUACAUGGUUGUGCUGGUUAUGCUUUGCUCUGAUUGGUUGGAUGCCUGUUUUAACCGGACACACCCUACAUACAACUCGUCCACCUAAAGGGAUCUAUUGACACAAUUACCCAAUAACUAUACAUCAUCCCCUACAAGGUUGUUGGUCUGGGUAGUAGGCAGUGUAGCUUGCACACAAUAUAUAGCCUGUAUUUUAGGCUUACAGAAAUAAGAGAAGUAAUAAUUAUGUGAAUCAUUUUUACUAGAAUUAAAAAUAACUGACUCAUAUUUCUAGUGCCUAGUUAUAAUGCCCCUACCACAUGUCAAUGUUUGUGUCUUUGGAGCUUUUUUUUUUCUUUUUGAAGGGAUGUUAGUCAGUUUCAUCUUUGUUGUUUUUAUGACACAAAAACUGCAGUUUGAUUAUUUUCAUAAAUUAUUAGGAUAAAGGGAUACUGCAGAUACAAUAGAGACAAUUGCAAGGCCUUGUUUUGAUAUUCCGGGAAACAACAAACAGGGUGUUGCAAUGACUUGAUGGUACAUGGCAUCAAGAUCAUCAAGUCAAGGUGGUGGGAGCGAGAUAAUGUGUGGCUGUGGGAAAAUAAAGAUGACUCACCUUUUUAGUAAGACCAUUGCCAGACAGAUUUGUGUGCUUGGCUCAUGUUGUAUCACAAGCUACAUGCCUAUGCUUGCAUACAGGGACACUUUAAUCCGGUUUCCUUUUUAUCUUGGAGAGCCAUUGAAUAUUUCUCGUGUAACAGUGUGGCCUAAGGGAAGUGAAGCUUUUAUUAUAAGUUUGCUGAGGGCGAGUUAACUGGGUACUAAAGUUACACACAAAAGAACUGAGAGUUGGUGGGUGGUGCCACUUUUAUGGAGAAAUGAAAAAUAAGGGAAGUUAUGAUGAGAGGGAAAAAGCCAGUGUUGGUUUACUGCUAGGAAUCAGCCAAAUUUAUUCAGAAGAGAGUACAGAAGACAUUAAGUAUGACUUGAACCAGCAGGAGUUAAGUCAAAAAGCUAGAAAAUAAGAUUUUGUGGGGAAGAAUCAGCUUUUUAAAGUUAUCAACACUAAUUAACUAUCACAUCAAAACAAGGUAGGAGGAUAAGGAAAAGAAAAAAGCUGUUGCAAUCUCACUAACAUGCAAAGUUAAACUUAGCAAGCAGAGAGGCAAAUGCACUUUGUGGUUUGUUUUUGAAGAAUGCUACGUAAAUUAAGAUAUCAUUAUUAUUAUUAUUAUUAUUAUUAUUAUUAUUAUUAUUAUUAACAUUAAAUAAAAUAUUUCCUUUGGAUGGCAAAGAUGAUAUGUCUCCUUGCUUUGCAUUGCACUCAACUUUGCUGUUGUGGAGUUGACAAAGUUAACAAAGUGGUUACGAUAAUGUGGUUGACAUUCAUUAAGACUUUGCUGGUAAACUAAAAGCUCAUUUCUAUCACUUAGUGGCAAUACCAGCAUGUUUCUAGAUCCUAUCUGUCACAUUACGACGAAAUAACCAGAAAAUAAAAUAAAGUAUAAGAGGACUUUGCCAGAAUUUUCUUUUAAAUUCAACAGCAACAUAAAGGGGCUCCUCAAAAAUAGCUUUGAACAGAAGUUUACAUUUAUUACAUUGUUAUUUAUGUAAUAAUAAGAGUAGGUCAACAAGUCAAGUGAAUCAGAUAUCUAUCAGCAGCAAACUUGGAUGCUAAGUCAGGUUAAAAUGUCUCUCUCAGGAUUAGAUCUUUAAAAUGUGAGUAGUCAUUAAACUGACUUAAAAAUGAACAUAUCCUGAUCUGGUGACAGCCAUUAAAGGUAGUGUCACAAAAUGUGCAAAAAAGAAGUUUGAGUGUGAAGCUGAAAACUCUUUAGCAGGACACGAUUUAAAUGUAUCCUUAAGCUUGUCUUUUAUAAGUCUUACAGUGGGACAUGGCUUUUUUGCUUCUUGAGGAGAAAAUCAAUGAGAUAAGAGAGUGUGGAACAGCAAAGUUGCAUCACUGCUGUCCAGCUGGCAUUGCUGUACCAGGCUGAUGUGAUAAAAUCACAACAAAGUCAAAGAGAUAACUGUGAAGGUUUGUUUGUCCUUCACCCUAAAAGCACUGUGUGGAAGUCUCUUGCAGAUGAAAUACAGUGAAAUACUGCCAUCUACUGCUUCAUUUUGGAAACUAAUUCAGUGUCUAAUUAAAUUCAAAAAAUGUUCCCAUGCAAUUCUCCAUAAUCAAAAACGCUUGCCUUUGUAUAUUAAGUAUCUGCCACAAGCUUCAAUUGUGGAUAUAAAACAUUCAGAAGAUACUGUAUCAUUGGACUAUAAUAUGUGAUAGGCUGUGGCCAAACAGGAAUAUAUCACAUUAAUAUUAAAUAACGCUAACAGCCAGAUGACUAAAGAAAGCACAAAUACUAAGAGCAGCUUUGAAGUAUCAAAGGCUAACACACUCACUCAGCCUACCAGAUCAUCUGUACAGGUCGUGCAGGAAAGUGUGUGGUGUUGUUUUCUAAAUUCACCCAGGUGAAGUGAAAUGAAACUAUUCCUUUGAUACUUUCCUCGUUGCUUCAGUGAUUCCAGGUGGGACAGAUUCACCGCCUCACCUGCCACCGUGGGGAAACACUGACUUCUUGAUCAAUGAGCUGAACACUGACACACCUGGCGCAGCUGAGGACGGCGAGUACAUUGAGCUCUGGCACCCAUCAGGACGCCGUGUCUCCCUGCAGGGCAUCUGGAUCCUACUGUUCAGUGCACACAACAACAGACCCUACAGAGAGAUCAGCCUGAGUGGACACUUCACUACCUCGAAGGGAUACUUCCUGAUUGGUAGUGACAGAUUAGUGCCAGCUCCAUCACUCCGCCUGCCCCCCAACACCAUCCAGAACGGACCAGAUGCAGUGGCACUCUAUCGCAGCCCUUUUGGCCCACCAUCAGCCGCACAGAGGGGGAUUCCCACCAGAGGUCUACUGGAUGCAGUUGUGUACCGACAGAGGGGAUCAGACAGAGAGGCACAGGUGCUGAGUAAAGCUCUAACACCAGGACAGCUGCCCCUGCUGGAAGAUCCUGAGGUUCUACCAGGCGACGAGGCGCUCAGCCGUUGUCGAGGCCUCUACCCCUAUGACCUUUCAGCGUUUUCAGUAAGUACAAAGAACAGCCAUUGCUUUAAAAGAGAUGGCAGAAGUACAACUUAACAAGUGAUAAGGAUAGAAGAAAAGUGCUGUAAUUAAAGGUGUAACUUGCCAUAUUGUGAAGUUGUGCAGCUGCCGUUUUAUAUGUACUUCAAAUGUAAUAGUCCUAUUUUCUUCCUUUAAUCAAACUCUGGUAUCUGAGUUUUAUUUUCAUCCACCUCUACUGAUACCAGAGAAAAAAAGCCAGAACAUAUUAUGAGUGGGAAACCAUCAUAUUAAUAACUUCAUCAUUUCUGUAUUGUAUCACAAACACAUGGCAUCACAUCCAUUCAUUUAUUCAAUUCAAAGCUUUGCGCACCAAAGCUUCAGGAUGUCUUUGAUAAUCACUCUGCCUAUUUUACAUUUAUUGUCCACUUAGAGCAAAUGAAGCACAAUAAUGAAGCUUCGGCCCAAAGGUCAAGCAAUUGGAUGUAAAGCUUCAAUGCUUCAAAAAGCUUCAUCUCACCAUCACUAGCACGUAGUAUACAAUUUGUCGAAUCUGCACACAAAUCAAAAAGAGAAAAAACUGGUACAUUCUGGUUUUACAGGCCACUUUGAGCCUCCCAAACAGUCUUAUCACUGGGACCCAUUCCCAAUCUUCAUUCUCGGGCCCCGGUACUCAACUCCCACAAACUAAAACUGAGAAAUAUGACACACAUUUGCUAUCACGUAAUGUUGCCUGUAAACAAUCUGUGGCCCUUAAAAAUCAGACAAAAAUGCCACACUUGUAGUGUUGUACAGUAUUGUGGGUUAAACAUUUAAACUUUUGUCAAAUUAAGGAAACUGCAGAGAGUCAUAAGACAAACAGACCAAAUGUAAACACCGUGUAAAAACUUGAAUAAAAUUCAAACUCUACAGACUUGGCAACCACGACUGCCACUCAAACCCUUAACCUUACUGUCUAGAGACGACUAAGCCACAGGCACUCCUUUGUAGAUUUUGAGCAAUAGUUGAUCACAAAUGACAUUGUCUGCUAAAUGACAUUGUAAAAUCUGUUUAACUUUUGAAGAUGUCUCCUUAUUGAAUAAACACAUCUAAAAGGUGUCAACUACUACAGGUGGCCAUACCCACCCCACUCAGGGAGAACAGCUGCCCUCGCCCCCCUCCAGCUCCUGAAGGUGUGGUCAUCAGUGAGGUGGCUAGCGGCCAUUGGACCAAUCACAGCCAGCAGAGGGCUUUCGUUGAACUACAUGGGCCCCCGAUGACAAGCCUGCAGGGCCUGGUGCUAACUGUGUUUGACCAGGAGCGCAGUGGUACUGUCAUUGCCCUGCCUUUAACAGGAGCUAUCGACCAGGAUGGAUUUUAUAUGGUUGGAAAUGUCACCGGAGCAGGUGAGAGAUGAUUGAGAUCAUGCUUGAGGAAAUUUAGUGAUAGAUUUGCGCUCACUCUCACUUCUAACUUUCUUUUUGUGUUUUCCACUAUCCUUCACUUCCCUUCGUCACCUUCUCUGUCUCCUGCACAGAUCAGGCUUUCCCAGAGGGCUCCGCAGUGCCGACACGAGGAGCAGUGGUCCUGUGCUAUGAUCUGUUCAGUGUGUGCCGAGCUGGUACAGCACUGACAAACUCCAGUCUCAGGGAUGUGCUUGUGUUCAGUGAGAAUCAGCAGCUGCUCUCCUCUCUGUCCACCAGCAGAGGGAGACAAGUGAUUCCUGCUCUGAGGUAAACACAGGAUAGGACGGACUGCACAGGCCGCUAAGGAUAUUGAAUAUGAAUGACUAGAAAAGGAUGUAAUGCAAGUGCUUUAAUCCAAAUAUCUAGCAAAAUAAUCUCUCAAAAAGUAUCUGCUGGUCAAAAGAUAUUGGUUUAUGCUCAUUUUUGUAACCACUACUGGUUUUAUUUUGAUGAAAGGAAGUUAAACUGAGAAGACAAGAAUUACAUAAACCAAAAUAGUCUAUAAAAGAGUAAAACAAGAGCAGCUUUGUUGGAGAAGAGAAAAUGUCCAGUCCUGACUCUGCUCAGGAAUACUUUAACAGCUUCUACCAGUGCUACCUAUCAAAUUUUCUUUGUAAAAAAGACCUCACUGUGAGGGGAGGAAGUUAAUUUCUACCACCCCCACAUAUAAGUUUCCUUUUAGGAACUCUGGAUUUCUGGCAGUAAUAUGCUCAGUAAAGUUUUUCUGUAGCAGCAGCCAUAUUCCAUCACUGCUAUCAGUUUUUGGAUCAAUGAUAUGAUGGUCGCAAAGUUUCCAAAACCACACAUUCUGUUAUAAAUCCACUUACUGAGGAGGUGCCUGACAAUGACCAGGAGCCAGGACACUUUCCCGCAGUUUUUUUUUUUGUCCUCAGCUUUCCCUGCAAAAUAACGGCACAAAAACAUGAACAGUUGCUUUCAAAAAUAGUCGCCUAUUGUAUCACUUGAACAUUACAGAAUUAAAGCAACAUUUGGUCUAAUCUAUCUGAACAAACUUUGAUAUUAAAUUUGAAGCAUUGUGUAUUGAAGAUUAAAUAUUUCCAUAAAUACGUGUGAUGGAUUUAAACUUUCAUUUUAUUUUGCCUUGUAGUUAUACUAUAUGUGUAUUAUUGGGUGCAUGUGCAGGUCAGUAGAGGAUGGUCCUGUUUCGCUCAGCCGGUGUUCCUGUUGUGAGGUGAGAAGUCCCUCCUCAUGGACAAGCUCCUCCCCCACACCCCACAGCAACAACCUUUGCCCAAGCUCCGCCUUCUCAAGUCACAUUGACCUCUGCCUUGGACCCCUGUCCAGUGACUGGCAUGAGCAGUCAGGAGGUAGGACAAACAUCAUGAUUGAUAAGGAUGUGAAGAACAGAUAGGAUGUGAAGAAGAGAUAGAGUGUGUCAGAUGUUGAAAAGAUAGGGAAACACAGCAAGUUCUGGGUCUCUGGUGGGAAAAGUUAGCUAGUAAUAACAAAGUAGCCUUUGACUUUCUUGAUACUCUAUAUUAAAAAAUGCAUGCGGCACUGAAGUGCUUCGUAGUGACUUAUGCUGAAGACAUUUACUAUUAGGCUGUAGGAUCUGUGGUUUAAUCAAUGCCAUGCCAUAGUCUCUCAGCAAAGAUAAUGCUUUGAUUUCCAAAUCCAUUUAAAUCUGAACCUAGUUCUUAUCUGUCUGUCAGAAAGUUGGUGUUUUUAUGAUUAUGUAUUUUUUUCUGAUGAAUUAUCUACAUGUCAUCUUAAAGCAGCUGUCUUCUUCUGUUUUUGUCAGACUGCAACACCCUGAUCCUGGGUAAAAGGGUUGCAGAAGUGGCCGACUACCUCGAGCAGCGGUGCCACUGCGGUAUUUCUGCCUUGUACCUCCAAGGUGAGGCACUUUUUCCUCUGUGUAAAUUAAAAUGGUCUCUCCUGGAUGAUUUUCAAAGAAAGGGUAUAUUUGCCUCAUUCUUCUGCUCUAAGAAGGGGUACGCUUGUUCAAAGCAGUAGUGGCUCAGGAGGGAGACACUAACUCUGAACAAUCAACACCACGCAGUUGGUUGCAGUUACUAUGGUGUUGUAGGGGAAGGGGUUGUACUUCAGCUGAGAGAACAAAUCAUACAGGGUUUGUUCCAGAGGGUUUAUUUAACUUUGAUUGUAACUGUUUUGUACAAUAAAUGUAACUAUGAAAUACUGCAACAGACAGAGAACAACACCAAACUGGAAGAGUUGUGUGAAAUAUUCAGUAAUAGGGGGGUUUCAACCCUACCUGAACUUGGUUCAUGUAAAUGGAUUUGUAUACUAUUCUCACUCUAAUUAGCUGAUAAACUUUGUAAAGGCAGGUUUAGUUUACCAUUCAAACCUUAAAUUCAAAAUGAACUAUUCAUUCAGAAUUUAUAAAGAAUAAAACAGACAAAGAAAAACCCACCUAUAUCCACUAGGAAAACAGAAAUGUACAGUUGGAAGAAAAAGUGUGUGAACCCUUUGGGAUUACUUGGAUUUCUGCAUGAUUUGGUCAUAAAAUGUGUUUUGAUCUUUAUACAAGCCACAACAAAAGACAAACACAGUCUGCUUAAACUAAUAUGGCACAGAAAAUGAUUUUUUCAUGUUUUUAUUGAAUCCAAUCCAGAAAAAAUGCAUUCAAUCCAGCAAAGAAUCCACUGUAGCCAACAACAAAAUGUCCAGAGUCCAAAAUGUCCAGAAUCCAAAAUGUCUGACAUAACACAAACUCCAAUAGUUUGAACAUGCCAAUCUCAAACAUAUUAUCGAACUUUAUAUAGGAAUGUGGCCUUAUAUAUUAUAGCACCAUCUUCCUCUCCGUCAUCCUCGCUUCAGCCUGUCCCUUCAGCCACGUUGUUCUUAUCAGUGAUAAUGGCCCUCUCUCUGAAUAGCAAAGUGAGGUUUGAGAGCCUGGCCUUGUUCAUGCAUGCCCAGAGAUAGAUAGAUUCAUUUCAGGCGGCUGAAACUGCGUUCAGCAUUUGCAUUGGUGAAUGGUUAUGUUAGUUAAAUAUGAUACAAAAUACCGAUGUUGGGGAAUGCCCUUUUCAUAUCGUUGCAGAUGAUAAACAGCUUCUGUGGUGUUGAGCUUUAUUUUUAGUUCCCUUUACAUGUUUUUUUUUUUUCAUUUUUUUCUCCUUGGGAGACCUUCGUAACUGUGUGCCUGGGGCAGCCACAUUGGUAGGUGUUUAUUGGGCUAGUUUUUAAUUAAAGAAAUAAUUGAAUAAUAAUUUUCCUCAAGGAAAUUCUGCAUUUAAUAGAAAAGGUUACAGACUACUAAGUUUGCUUGCUCUAGGGCAGGGGUGGGCAAUCAUGUGCCAUGGAGGGCCGAGAGGCUGCAGGUUUUCUUUCCAACCCAAAACUGCACCAGGUGAUUUCACUGAUUAGUCCCUGCUCUCUGCUUGGAGGUAAGGUAAUCAGUGAAAUCACCUGGUGGAGUUUCGCGUUGGAAAGAAAACCUGCAGCCUCUCGGCCCUCCAUGGCACAUGAUUGCCCACCUCUGCUCGAGGGAGAAAAAGGUUGAACUACCAAAGUGUUUGAAUUCAUGGUCACCAUGGAGAUGUAGAAGAUUAAGGAUAUGAGUGCUCAGCUGGAUGUAUAUUUAUUUCACUAAGUGUGUUUCAAGCAUGAAGGUCCAUUUAAGUUACCAGUAGCUGUAGGACAUCUGUAAUAAAAAAAAUAUAUAUAUAUAUUAAAGCAGAACUUGGCUGUAAAGCUCAUACGCAUAGAGGGAUAACCAUUGAGAGAAAAACAGCCCUCUUUUUUUUCAAACUUUCAUGUUGUGUAACCUUUAAAUUAAAAGCCCUCUGCAAAAUGUCCGGAGGAGGAAUACAUGCAGAUAAUGGAUAUGUUUUCAAUUUUCUGUGGAUAGGAGCCAAUUUUUCCUGUGUAUCCGGAUGGCUGCGGGUGUGGGGGAACAUCCAGGCGCUAUCGGCCCAUCAGAAGGCCCUUAUUAUUCAGACGUCACACAUGAGUCUUCCUUCUGCUCAGGGAGACCUCUGCUCCACUCCGUCUAAACAACGCUAUACAAGCACAGGUCAGUGUUCUUUAACCUCAUGAUAAAACUGCUGCACUCUGACAAUGAAUACACAAGUUUUAAAGAUUUAAAUCUUGGGAGCCACUUAAUAAAUAAAUAAAAUCAGAGUUUGAAGUGUUCCGUAAAAAAAAUAAAAAUAUUCAUUAUUAGUAUUAAUUUGAAAAAUAUUAUUCAUACACAAGAGUAUGAAUACACUUAAUUUUAUUUUCCCACAUAUUUAAUGCUUUACAGAUAGAUUGUACUUUUACAAGCUUGUUCGAUAUGAAGACAAAAAUAGACAUGCUUUUAUAUCAGCUACAAACACACCUGACCUCCCUACUAAAGUUGCAGACUUGUAAGCAGGAACAAAAUGUGCAAAUAAAAAUGAUAAAAAACCUUGCAGUGGAAAACUCUGAAACAGAUAUUCAACAAGUUAUAAUUCUGUAUUAAUUUGAGAUAAUAACCUCCAUAGAUGGAGACCAUGAGUGAAGAAAUAUUCAAACUAUAAACCCACAUUGAAAAAGUUUGUGUGGGAAAGAAGAAAAGAAAAUGGAAGAAGGUGCUCUUUGUUGGGGAACGCAAAUAUUCAGUCAGCAAAGAAGACUGGGCACUCUUCCAGAAAUAAAGCAACAGGUUGUUUUUACUUUGAAAGGUGAAUUGCUAAAAGCAUAGACAACUCGUGGGAAAAAACAAGCAGAAGAGUAAAUUGCAAUGUAUUUUAAAGAUGAUUCAAUCUUACCUCAAAAACGUGUUGCAGCAAGAAACAGUCAGUGUUUCAUCAAAUUCCCAGCCCGCUGUUUUUAAACAUGAGAGAAGCAAGAAGACGCAAAGAAAAUGAGAUUUUAUAUCAAGAGCUGGAGGAAGAGCCUGAACAUCUACAUAAUCUUAUUACAACUUUAUACAGUGAAUCGCAUUUUUGAAACUCUACCCUCAACCUGAAAUGAAAAAAGCUGCCGCUGAAGGAGUCUACUUUUCAAUUUCACUUACAAGAAAAGCAGUUUUGAAAUUGAAAAAUAAAAUGUAAAACUAAUGCUGGAGAGCGUGGAGACAAAACUUCUGCAAAGUAUCCAUAUUUCGAGAUACAAGUCUUGAAUUUCUCUUAUACUCUGUUGUACUGUGACCCUGCUAAACAGCUGAGACAACCACACAAUAUAAAUUGCAUCUCAUCAGGUCUCUUUUACGAUCAUGACGCACUUGUGCUUUAUAAAGUGUGCUUUUGAGGAUUUGAAUGCUUGUUUCUCAUAAUCUUUCAGAAUAUGUGACUGAGUUUUUGUUUAACCCUUCCAGCGUCCGCCCUGGGGUUACAGAUCGGCCUGAUUGUAGCAGUUCUCCUGCUGAUGGGACUUGGAGCUGCUCUGUUCACAUAUUUCUACAGGAGGAGGUGAGACGGCUUUUUGAUUCUCAUAACUUCCUUUUUUCAGCCACAUGUUGACAUUGAUGUUAACAACAAGGGCUCUAUUUUCGUGUCCACUGGCAACGCGGUGGAGGGUGGUGGACCCCGCGCAGUGGUAUUUUCAUCUGGCGGAGCCCAGUGUACAGCCAGUUUGGUAUUUCCGUGGACUGAGGCGCACUGAGGUCCGCCAAGCUGGGCGUGGUGGUGUGGCAGGGGGAGUUGUCGACAGAAUCAGCUGGCGCAGUGACAUUUUCGUGCUCGCCGCCGGCUUGUAAAGUGCGCUGAAAGCUCGCCGAUUCAAACCUGGUCAGCUUUCAGCGCAGGCAGAGCGCAGCUGGUCUAGAGGUAUUUUGGUAGACCGGCAGUGUAUCGGCAUACGUCACUGAUGACUCACCGGCAGGUUUCCACAAUGUCAGGCACAUUUCAGUGCAAUAAAUAAUCAUCAACUACUAUUAAUCUGAGUCAGCACAUACAUUUAGAUCUAUAUAGAUGUAUUCUGAUCUAUAACUGAUCUGAUGAACGCAUUUGGCACGCAUUUGGACACACAACCUGACUAAAUCAACACAGCUGAAACCGCAUUAAAUUAAAUUAAAUAUCUAAUAAAUAGACACACAUGAUGAAGUUAACAAGAUAUGUAAUUCGUCUCCCUCCUUUUCUGUCUUCCUCUUCCUCUUAUAUCACGCGCAGCUCGACCUGGACAUGUCUCCGUGUCCUCUCUCCGUCCUGCUCCAGCUGCAGCGGCUGAACAGAUGAUUUGUUUCAGCGCUCAGAUGCGAUCUACUUUAAGCCGACAUACGGAUAUUAUAAUAUUCAGUUUUGUGGGCCAAAUUUAUUUUAUAUGCCAACAUCUAUGAAAGAAAGAGCCAGGCCACAGAGCGCAAUGCGUCAUUUAAGCACAGAUGGUUCCGAUUUUAAUGCCAUUUUUGGAGUUUAUGUUGUGAUCUGUGCGCUCAACCCACCUUUGUCACGUGAGGUCUGAAUAUGAGCAACUUUAUGUUAGUGUCUUUAUUUGUGGAAAUGGAUGUUUGUCUUACCAGUGGGUCCAAACUUAGAGAGAGUGUGAAGGACGCCCUCUGCAGCGCUUACAGCAACACUUGUUGAGGAGCUGCCUUCUGUCGCCAUCGUGUGGCAUUACUGUCUUCAGACAUCUCUUGAUCUCUUUGACUACUUCACGAAAAUUUUAAUGCGCCUCGCUGGUGGCGGGUUUAAAGGCGAAGAGUGGAGCUCAUGUUAUUGGUCCAUACAGGUCUCCACGCCCUCUCUCCUCCCUCGCUACGACUUACGCUGCUUGGAGGAGCUGAGUUAGUGAGGGGGGAUACUUAUGACGGGCUGCGCCACUCACCAAAAUACCAAAUUGUGCUUAGGAACGCCUUGUUGGCGCGGCGGACCUGACUUACACCUCGCAUGCGCCAUGUCUCCUGCGAAGCACAAAAAUAGAGCCCCAAGUCUUCUUGAAGCCAGGUAAUGAACAGAAUGGCUGAUUGCAAUCUCUUGUCUUUAUGACACUUUGAGUAAAUAGGACGUUGAAAAAUAAAAGCCUGUAAUUAAAAUUAAAUUAAAAGCCUAUAACAUCCUUGCAAUUGUCUCCUCUCAAAUCCACAGUGACAAGUGCUGACAGUAGUUAUUUAGAAAAGCCUUUUCAGAGAAGGAAAUGAAAACACAGCAGUCUGCAGUGUUGAAGUGCAUGAAAGCUAUUAAAAUGUAUUGCAGAAAAGAUGUCUUUGUAAAAUUUAAAGAAAAGGCCAGAAUAGGGUAAUCUACUGCUCUUUUUGAAGUUUUCUGCCAUCUAACAUUAAAUAGAGGUUACUAUCAUCGAGAUUGAUUUCUAGAUAUCAAAUGCAAGGUAAACAUGUAAGGGAGCUGUUGGGAAGGUUCUGACCUGUGACUUAAACUUGAAGCAAAUAUUUUCAGGGCAAAGCAUCAGUCUGAUCAAAGUCCUUAAUCAGAUCCCUUCUCCCAUUGUCAGAGGAUGGGAUUCAGGUAUAAAUUGGCUCAAAGCUGUAGUCUUGACAUCCGAGUUAAACCAGGCUGAACAGUUUUGCUAGUUUUGGUGAGCUGUUUCCCUCCGUUUACAGUCUGUACAGUAAGAUAUGCUGACAUGCUGCUGGCUGUAUCAACCCUUACAAACUGAGGGACAUUUUCAAGCAUCAUAAUCCUACAAGAAGUUUUACAACACAUUAAAACUCAGAGCUUUACAAAGCGUACUAGAAAAAUUUUAUGUAGUGCUGUUAUUUGAUUGAUUUGUAAUGCCAUUCGGGUCAUUAUUUGCCAGUAAUUACACUUAAAGUUAUCAAGUUAAGCCAGUUCCUACCAGUGUCUUGUUUUGGGAAUCAAGUGACUGCAGUAAAAGUUCUCUGCGAUGCUUACUUUUUGAUUCAUCAUUCAAAUAAAGCUUUACUGCUUCACCAAUGAUCCCAUUAAUAUGACAUCCUUUCCAUUUCAGGAGUUUCAGGAGUUUGAUUUGGACUGGCCUACAGUCAGUUUCCACUUAUUUAGCAAGCGCUCUACCUCACUUUUUUGAUUUAGUUUAAUCCGCAGGUCUGUACCAGUUUACAAACUCAAAAAUAAUGCUCUGCUCACUAGGGCUAUGAUGCUGAUAGUGAUAGCCCUAGUGUUAAACUGGAAUCACACAGUGGACUUUAAUCAGUGUCAAAAUUAGCAAAAUUAAGAUUUAAUACAGGGCCACCUUGAGGCCCUGAUCAUUUUAAUUAUGCUGCGAUCAGGUCUGUUGGAUCCUCUGGCUCUUUUAAAAUGCUAAUGUUCACAGUGUUGAGAAUAAGAAUAACACACCAUAUCAAAGCAAACAACAUGCAUUUGAGGUACCAAAUCCUCUAUACGCUCUUUCUUAUCUGUGAUUCCUUACAGCAAAGUUUAUCGCACAGUUUCAUCUUGAAUGAACAGAUCAACCUUUUUUUUUCAAAAGUGUGAAAUGUCAUCAGUAAAUACCAGGUUUUGGUGUCAGACUGCAGCUCAGCAUUUAAAGCCAGACCUUUUGUCUCAUCUUAACAUUUCAAACCAACACAGGAAAGUAGGUUCAUAGUGGCUGUCACAUUUUAUGCUGAUGUGUUUGUACAGCUGAGUAAUAAAUAAGUACAGGCUGUUCUGGAAAAUGGAGCAAACUACAGAUUUGAUUUGUGAGAGCAGAAAACAUAGGUUGAGGGCAGACGGAGUGGGAACAAACAGAAGGUGAAUUUUAAAACCGAGUCAGCUGCCCAGAAUAUUUUGAAAAUGAGCAAUAGGACACUGAGACACAUUGUGUAUAUAUCUAAAGGAUAUAAAAUCUGAUAUGCGUAUAUGUGGUUUAAUCAGAACUGAUGCCUUUGUUUUCAGGCGUCCUCUGGACUAUUACACCAUGGAGCUGAGCGAGCAUGCGGAGGGACUGUCAGAUCUAUAAUCCAGAUUUUGGAUUACUGCACUUGCACCCCGAAGUGUUCUUGUGUGUGGGAGGAUCCUAUGAAAGAGACAGAGGGACAGUGAUAAUGAGAGAUCUGUUUUAAAAAGGAGUUCCGCCACAAGUGUCCUUCUCUGUGUCUUGAGAAGAUCACAGCUAAAAUGACUCGACCUUGUCUAAUAACAGUGUGGUUGCAUCACAUCACCGGUGACAAGUCAUCAAAUAACAACAGACAACCCAACAGAGGAAUUUUAAAGAUAUAUAGAGAAUGUCAUAUUUUUAUAAAGGAUGGUGCCUGUGAACAGUGCUGGUUACUACUUUGAAAAAAAAAAGAAGGAAGAUAAAAAUCAAGGGAUUUGUUUUAUGUAUUUUAAUCUUACAUGGUCGUUAUUUUGUCGACUUGUUCUUGUUUCUUGGGGAUGAAGCGAUAACUCCAGGGUCAGUUGUAAUUACUUCACAUAAAGGAUGAUCUAAAUAAGAUGAAAAGUGAAUAUGCACUUGCAGUGUUUUGCCAACAUAAAAGAUUCCUGGGCGGAUCGCCAAAGUAAUCUGCCAACCAUUUAGGCUUUUUUUUUUAAAAUCUAAAUAUGAUUGACAUCCACUGUUGAUAAACAGGAGGACAAUCUCUCUCCCUUUCUACUCCUCGUGUAUAUGUAGUGUCUCCAUGUCUGCCCUGUAGAUGAUGGGGAGAGAAAGAGACUUAUCAGACGUUAUGACAAUGUAAGAGCCUGCGCCUCUCUAGGAUGAGCUUUUAUAUUUUAUUGCUUUAACUACUGAUUGGUCUUUUAGCUGUUUACAUUUCCUUUUCAAACCGAACAAUCUGGCAUAAGUAUUUGUGCAUCCUUCCUGAGGCAGAACAAAGGCAGAACAAAAUAGUUGAGUAUCACGUGGCCGUCUCUAUUCCAAGGCUCAAACAUGCACUGAAUUACAUCUCUUAAGGAUCUUUGAAAAACUGUAUCAUGAACUCAGCAGCAUGACGCAUGUGGUACAAUGACUGGAGUGUAUUGAACAUCCCUGCUUGUUGCUGAGGGAAAAUCCUAGAAAAGAUCCAAAUUGAAACGACCUUCAGACUUCAGACUCAUGCAGGAAGCUCUAUCAGCAAGGGUUCUGACAGAUCUUUCAAUGAUAAUUAAAAUAGUCAUGUUCACAUUUUCUUCAAAAUGAUCAACUUCCUGCUUUUUUUUCCUGCUAUAUGCUGUAAAAGUCAAUUUUAGACUCUUGUCACUUAAGGGUCCGACUGUCUUUAAAUGUGAAAAUGUUUUGCUAACUUCUGAUGAGUGUAUGUAACCACUUCUGUGUGCACAUUUUAAACAAACUGUUUACAUUUUGUUGAUGGUAAAAAAAAAAAAAAGGAUCCCAGAGACUGAUGUAGAAGUGAUUUUUUUUGAAUGAAGAUUAUUUUUAGAAAUGAGCGACUGUUUUGUGUAGAAAAUGAGAGCUAAUGUAUGUUCCACUUUUCAAAUGGCUCAGAAAUCUCUACUUUGUGUUUGUGUUGUUUAAUUCCUCAUUUAUAAAGGGGAAAGAGCAGCUAUAGCUGCAGCAUGAGUAUAAAUAUACAAUGGAAACUGUGUCAUUGCGAAUCCUGAAUAAAUACUUACUGUUGACAUUUGUAUAUUAAUUGCUGGGGUUAGAAAAAAUUUUGAAAUAAGUGAUAGGUUCACCUCCACUUUUGAAAGCAGAUAAUUAAAAAGGUUCACCUUAAAUGUCAUGAUAAAAUCACCAAUGGAAAGUGCCAUGAAAUGAACAUACAGGUACAUCUAAAAAAAUUAGAAUAUCAUGAAAAAAUUCUAUAUUUUUUGUCACUCAUUUCAGAAUGUGAAACCCAUAUAUUAUACAGAUUCAUUACACAUAGAGUGAAACAUUUCAAACAUUUAUUUCUUGAAAUUUUGAUAAUUGUGGCUUAUAGAUAAUGAAAACCCAAAAUGCAGUGUCUCAAAAAAUUAGAAUAUUGUGAAAAAGUUCAAUCUAGAAAAGUCAUGGUGUCACACCAUAAUCAACUAAUUAAAACACCUGCAAAGGUAUCCUGAGCCUUUGAAUGGUCUCUCAGUCUGGGUCAGAUGGCUACACAAUCAUGGGAAAGACUGCUGACUUGACAGAUGUCCAGAAGACAAUCAUUGACACCCUCCACAAGGAGGGAAAGCCACAAAAGGUAAUUGCUAAAGAAGCUGGCCGUUCCCAGAGUGCUGUAUCCAAGCAUAUUAAUGGCAAGUUGAGUGGAAGUAAAAAGUGUGGUAGGAAAAGGUGCACCAGCAAAAGGGAUAACCACAGCCUUGAGAGGAUUGUCAAGCAACAUCCAUUCAAGAAUUUGGGGGAGCUUCACAAGCAGUGGACUGAAGCUGGAGUUUGCGCAUCAAGAGCCACUACAAAAUUUCAAGAAAUAAAUGUUUGAAAUGUUUCACUCUAUGUGUAAUGAAUCUAUAUAAUAUAUGGGUUUCACAUUCUGAAAUGAGUGACAAAAAAUAUUGAACUUUUUCAUGUUAUUCUAAUUUUUUGAGAUGUACCUAUAAGCUUGGGUUUUCUCCAUCCUAUAAACCCUGGAUAUGUUGCUUUUCUGGUAAAGUUGCCUUACUCAUCUGCUGUUUCUGCACACACCUUCACUUUGUCUGCUUUGAUUAACUCUUUGAUUUAUGCAGCCUUGACCCUAGCAAAUUAACCCUUUACAAUCUGUUCUCAACUUUGAAAACGCACUUAUUUCAAAUAGUUUCAGUCCUUUAUGUGUUUUUUAAAGUGAGCUACAACAAUGCUUUGUGGUGUUUAUUACAUGUUUUCUAUUGUAAACUUGUUCUGUUUGAGCUUAUUGAGAGUUGGUACUAGGUAUCAACAGGAGGUAGAAGAGGCCUCCUGAAACAAAAGUUGACAUACAAAUAGAGUAGCUCUUGUAUUAAAUGAAGAAGCUGCACAUGCACUGAACACAUUUUCCUAGAACACAUCUGCUCAGAGCGCCUGCUUAACAUAAGAAAUUACAACCAUCCCUACAUACACCUUAUGAAUGUGCAGCAUGCUGACAGAAAUGAUACAAAAAAACAAAUACAUGGUUGGGUGGCAGCAGUUUCUUUUUACUCUUGGUGCAGAUACCAGAGGAGCUGCAAACUCUCCAAACUGGCCUUUGUAAGUCAUCUUUUCAUAGUUUAUUACCGCUGAGGAUUUAUACGGUGAACUUGAAAAAGACCACAAAAACACUCUGGGUUAUCUGAAUCAUCUGCUUGUUUUUUUUAAAAGCUUUUCUUCCACUGUAUAUUUAGUUUAUUUUGUCCACCAAUGCCAUGCACAUGUAACAGGUUUGAAAUAAAAGUACCUCCACAAA